AUGGAAAAAGCUGCGUCUUUCAUACUUCUGCUCACGGUUUUAGUGGCAUUGUGGAGUUGUGCAACCGGAGCCACGAAUGGUGGCUGGGCCAGUUGGUCAAGAUGGAGUGGCUGUGCAGCUGGUAUUUGCGCAGGAAAUCAGCGGAUCAGAACAAGAACUUGCACCAAUCCCCUUCCCUCUGACGAUGGGUUGUACUGCGACGAAGGAGAUAGUUCACAGCAACAGGACUGCCAGAUCGACGGUGGCUUCACCGAAUGGAGUCAGUGGUCGAUAUGUGAAAACCCUUGUGGAGGAUCUGUAGUCAACAGGACAAGAGGGUGUACUAACCCCACCCCCUCUCCAGACGGGAUGCCUUGCUCUGGACCAACAGUUGAAACCAAAAUGGAGUGCGUGGGGCCAUGUCCGACGGGCCCUCUGGAUGGUAACUGGGGUUUCUGGUCUCCAUGGACGCGGUGCCCUAAGACCUGUGGUAUAUCAGCAGGAUCUAUCAUCAGUAGAACAAGAGUGUGCAAUAAUCCACCUCCAAUGAAUGGCGGGAAACAGUGUGUUGGAGAUGGCAGAGAAAGUGUUCGAUCUUGCUUUGCGCCUUGUCCAGUCGAUGGUGGGUUCGGUUUAUGGUCAGCAUGGGCAACAUGUAGUAAGACGUGUGGCACUGGUACCAAGUCAAGGAGCCGACUGUGUAACAACCCAGUCCCUGCUAGUGGAGGAGAAAACUGCACUGCGGAUUUCACUCAAGCGAGGAGUUGCCAACUUAAAUCAUGUCCUGGUAAGUAA